AUGUCUGCCAAAGUGUCAGGGAUAGCGCUCGAUGAGCUGUUCGAGGAGAACAUUGUCGCCAAAAUUCUCAAGACUGCCCUAAACGACCUCAAGAACAAUGAUCCUCCGACUGCCUAUCCCGAGUACGUCCUACAAAACGGCCCAAACGCCGGCAAAUAUAUCCUCCGCGAGGCCGAUUUCUGGACAUGCGGCUUCUUCCCGGGCUCCAUCUACUCCCUCGCAGAGCGCCUCGUCAAGUUCCCUCACACACUACCAGGAACAACAACAAAAACCAAGCAGGCUCUGCUCUCUCAGCUGUGGCGCCUCGGGGACAAGUGGUCGCAGCCGCUCUACGAGACCGCCAAGCGCACCGACACGCACGACAUGUCCUUCAUGAUCCAGCCGUCGAUGCGCGUGCUCUGGGAGGUCGUAGGCCAGGCGCGCGCCCUCGAGGCGAUCGUCACGGCCGCCAGGGCCCUGUUCACGCGCAACAACGAGACAGUCGGGGCGAUCCGGUCGUGGGACGUGCUGCACCAGCAGAACGUCCUGAUCGACUCGCUGACCGACGACUUCCUCGUCAUCAUCGACUCCAUGUGCAACCUCGACCUGCUGUUCUACGCGUCCGCGCACACGGGGGAUCGGGAGCUCUGGGAUGCCGCGGUGGCGCACGCGCGGACGCUGCAGAGGACGCAUCUCCGUCCCGAGACGGACCAGGACGGCGGCGCUGGGAGCAGCACAACGACGCCGCCACCGCGGCAGCAGCAGCAGCUGUACAGCACCAUCCACGUCGUCAACUUCGACCCAAAGACCGGCGAGAUCAAAGAGAAGCGCACCGGGCAGGGGUACAGCGCGACCUCGACCUGGGCCAGGGGCCAGGCCUGGGCGAUCCUCGGAUACGCGCAGACCUACCAGUGGACCAAGAUGCCCGAGUUCCUCGACACCGCGGUCGGGCUCGCCGAGUGCUUUGCCCGCCGUCUCGAGUCGUCCCCGGCAGAGGUCGAACUGCCCGAACCGCGGCGGCCGGGAGAGACGAUCGGGCGCCAUGUGCCGCUGUGGGACUUUGACGCGCCGCUGGAAGACACGGGUCGUGGUCCGCUGCGCGAUUCAUCCGCGGGCGUCAUCGCCGCCAAUGGGAUGCUGCUGCUCUCUCAGCUGCUCGCUGGAGCGGGUCGGGUCGAGGAGAGCGCGAGGUUUCGCCAUCUCAGCAUCACGAUCGUCCGGGAUACUCUGGAUCUGUCGCUCGCACCGGAGAAGGCGAGGCUUGUAGUUGGUAAUGGUGGUGGUAGUGGGAACAUGGUCACGGCAGAAGACGUGCAUGCGGAGCGGCGAUUCGACGCGAUCCUCAAGAACGCCACGGCGAAUCGCAACUCAAAGGAUCACAAGGUAUACUGGGAUCACGGGCUCGUGUAUGGCGACUACUACCUCAUUGAAUUUGGCAAUAGGCUGCUCAAGAUGGGGCUGUUGUAA